UGUAAUUUACUCUAUAUAGGCCCGAAUAAAAUCCUCACAUAAUUCACAAAACCCUCCUGGCGAAAACCCUAGCGUUCGUCUGACGCCAAUAUCGUUUUCUAACACCAGCUAUAGCAGUAAUCAAUGGAUCCACAGCCAGAACCGGUCACUUACAUAUGUGGAGAUUGUGGACAGGAGAAUACGUUGAAGGUCGGUGAUGUGAUUCAGUGCCGAGAAUGUGGUUAUCGUAUUCUUUACAAGAAGCGCACUCGUCGAAUUGUUCAGUAUGAAGCUCGUUGAAGAAGGGUUUACGAUGGAAGAGCUCUCUCGUGGAUAUUUUCAAGUAUGUUUAUGUUUGUAACAAAAAUUGAGUGUGAAUUUUGGAUCUAAUGGUAUCCUCUAUCAUGAAUGUAAUAUCAUCCUGUUUUCAUUGUGAAAUUGUUCUGAAAUGCAAGUAUAUACCAUGGGUAUCUCAUCAUAA